AUGUCAACAAUUUCUGAAGAAAUCAUAAAAGAAUUAAAUGAAAAAAUAGCAGGCACGUGCACAUUAAUAGCAACCGCCAGCGCAAAACUCUACGCAAAUGAUGGAAAAAACCAGUCAUGAAGAGAUUCGGGGCUUUACGGGGCUAUUUGUUUGAUAAUCGACAGAAUUUUACAGACGACAUUAAUGAGAAUGUAUGAUCUGAACACAUUUGACCUCAUUUUUGAGACAGAGCUUUAUUACGAUUUUUUUAACUUCUAUGACCAGCUUUCUCAGUCAUUUUUCUGCUUUCCUAUACCCGGCGGCCAGAUAAAAAAUAGUAAAAUUAAGUGUCUUAAGAUAGACCACUAGCCUUCCUAUCUAGGAAUUGGCUCCGUAGGCUAGAGUCACAUCUUCCAGAUGCUCAGUUGUCCCAAUAAGCAAAGACUAAGUGAGAGAAGUAAAACCUGUCUAACCAACCUGCAAAGGAGAGGGAAAAAUCUUCAGGGAGAAAUAAAACUUUCUUGUUUGGUAGGCAUCCCAGGCCCAAGACCUACUUCAAAAAGUGGCAGAGGCGCUAUCUUUGGCUUCAUCAGUGUGGGCCCUAUCUGCUCCAUAUGGAGUGUGCUUGGGAUUCCAUCUUCUACUAGCAUUGCCAUUUUAUUUCUCUGAGGCUAGAUAGGAAUUUAUUUUUGCAGUCCAAACGAAGCAGAAAGUUUUAAACAAAAAAUCCGGUCCUUUUCUCCCAAGCCUGAAAACCAAAAGUUUGAGGACUCAAAAUCAAAAAACACAAAAAAAUCCAAAAAGCAGCAAAAUGAAGAAGAAAACUUCGAAAUCAGCCAGCCCUAUGCAGUCCAACUAAUGGGUAGAGUUAUAUGAGACUCAACCAAUAAAUGCUUCAAUCUGGAUCAACUGUCUCAAGAUCUAAAAAGAAUCUUUAAAAAUGCAGGAAUCAGGAAAAGUGAGCUUAGAGAUAGUAGAACAGCUGCAGUGAUCAUGGAAGAAAUCGUGAGAUCUCGAAGUGCCACAAGGACUUUAUCAUUAUCCAAAGAGCCUCAGCCAGAAAUCAAAAUAAUCCCUGAUGAAGAAGACAAGCAGUUUGAAGAAAUCAUAAGAAAGCAGACUUUGUAUGAAGCACAGAUGGAGCUGAUCAGGCAUAUGUCAAACGCCAGAAAAGCUACCCUGCAGAAAGAAAUGCCUGAAAGAAGCGAAGACGAAGUUGUGUUCACUAACUACCUAGCUGCAAAAAUCGCUGAAAGAAGGGCAGAACUCACAAAGUACGACUUAGAAGAAGAGAGCUCAGAUUGGAGUGACAGUGAUUAA